UUCAGACAGGUUAGGGUUAGGGUCGGUAUUUCGGGUCGGGUCAGCUUUUGACAGCUCUAGGUAUAAUUACUUAGACGAGUGAUUUUGUAAAGGUUAAUUAGAUUGAAUUUAAUUUGCCUUUAAUGUUAGGAUGGAACUAUGAAUUCGACCUCUUCUCUUUAAAAUUAUGUGAAGUUUCGUGCCUAAUUUCAUACAGAAAUCAAAUUUGCCUUGAAUGUUAGGAUGAUCUUCUCUCCCCCUGCCCUAAAGUUUGAAGUUGUUGUUUCUCUGGGAAGUUAAGCUUUGAAAUUUGUAAAAAUACAAACUGUUUCAGUUUAUCAGGAGAGCAAGGAUUGUUAAAAGUUUUGAUUUUUCUGAUUAAGGGUUGAUAGUUUUGUGGUUGAAGGUAAAGGGUUGAUUUUUAUUUUUUUGUCUAAUUGGUUUGUUACUUCUGGAGUUUACCAGAUUUCAGAGUGGAAGAAUAUGAGCGACCCUUUCACACCAGUAUUAGAGCGAUGUGGGAGCCAAAUGCAGUAUUCCUCGUACCAGUGGAAGCGCUGCAAGUUCGCAGACAGGCUGAGUGAGUUGCCAGAUGAUAUACUGGUUUUGAUUGUGUCUCGUUUAAGGCUUAAGGAAGCAGUAAGAACUAGCGUUUUAUCUCUAAGGUGGAGAAAUAUGUGGACUUACACAACUGGUACCUUUGAUUUUCAGUAUUCAGAGGAGUCAUCUUAUGUAGAGAAUUGUUUGCGCCUAAGUCGGAGGGUUGCAAAAGAACUCGAUAUCAAGGGGCCAUUUUUAGUCAAAAGGUCUGAGUUUAUGAAAUUGGUCAAUCACGUCUUGAGCUUGCACCAAGGUCCAACUAUUGAAGAAUUUGAAGUGUUUGUCAAAUCACAUGGAGCAAUUAGUGAAGAAUAUAUAGAAAAGUGGGUAGAAUUUGCUCUUGGAAAGAGAGUUAAAAGGCUUAAGCUGGAUUUGUCACUCAAUCUCCAUGAAAUACAUGGAUAUUUCUCCAUCACCAAGCCCUUGCUCCGCAAAUUUGAAUUAAAUCUUUCUUCUCUGACUGUACUUUCUUUGAAAUAUGUAGAGGUUACAGGUAAGGUUAUAUAUUAUGUUCUGCUCAAGUGUUCUGCUCUUGAAGAAUUACAUGUGGAGGAUUCUAGUUCCCUAUUAAGGCUGAAAGUCCCUGGCCCCUUACCCCAUCUCAAGUGCUUGAAGAUUAUCAGCUGUGACUUUCUUAAGUGGAUAAAGAUCCAUGCCAUCAAUAUCGUGUCAUUUACUUAUCAUGGGCACGACAUUCCUGUAUUUUUCAAGACAGCCCCACGACUAGUUAACACUUCUCUUCUUGGUCGUUAUGCUUCCUACUUUGUCCAAAACAUUGGGAAAUACUCUAGCUACAUUAAAAAUGUGGAGUCGCUUGUGCUGGAAUUAGAGAGCUCUGGAAAAUACCUGAGUGAUGAAGUGGUACCUGAACUACCUAUCUUAGAAACUCUAAGAGUUUUGGAGUUGUACUUGUGCAUAAACAGUGUAGAGUAUAUUUAUAACUUCUGUGCAGCUUUUCUAAAGAAAUGUCCGCUGCUUACAAGACUUUCACUUUCGGAUUCUCGAAUAUAUGAUAAUGCUGGUACAUACAAGGUUUGCUGGACUAACAGAAGUUCAGAGUGUCUUCACAGCCAACUCAAGGUGAUCGAACUAUUGAACUUUUGGGGAAGAAGCGAGGGUGAAGCAGAAGUGAUUUACUCAAUACUUAGCGGUCUUCCCUCGCUGGAGCAGGUGAUUUUACGUCCAAACAUCUUUUGGGAGUUUGAGAAACCGAAAAUAAAAGAUUUGUCUAAGAAGUUGAAGAUGAUACAUCCCAAGGUUAAGUUGAUCAAAUCAAGCUGUCUGAGGCCCUUUUUCUAGUUUUUACUCUUAGGUCCAUACUCUAAUAAGUCCAGCUGGUUAGUUGACUGUUUCGGUCAAUAUUGGGUUCACCAAAUAUAUAAAAUAUUACUUGUAUGUAUACUAUGACAUUUAUUUAAUCAAGUUGGGUUUGCGUUAAUGUUGUUAAAUGUGGGGAAAAAGAUUCUCUCUCUAGAAUAUUUCCUGUGUCUUCUCUCUAAAAAUAUUUGCUUCGGCUACACUCUGAAUUUCUCUCAAUCCCCUUUGAGUUUCACAAUA